AGCCAGACAGUCCUUCGUUUUAUCUCAUUGACAGUAGUUCUCAGGCUGAGUCACAGGUUACUCCUCUGCAUGGACUUCUAAAGAGACUACACAUCAAUUUUUCUGCAACUCUACAGCAUUUUGUCAGGACUUCCUUCUGUAUAUUCUCUCACCAUCAUAAAACACAUUUACCAGAGCAAGUUUUUCUGGAACUGGACAUUACAAACAACAUAUUGAAGAGUGACUGUGAGCUGAAGGAUCGUCGUUGUUUUCAAAGAAGAGCGAAAGGAUCUAUUUGAAGGAUCUCAUGACAAAUUACAGCAAUGGAGGAUUCUUCAACCCUGCCUACCAUGACAGCGAGACUCUGGAAAUUGAUAGAAGGUCUUCAAACAAAACCCACCACACUAACCCCUAUGCCAGGGAAGACCCGGCUUGGCGGGGUGAGGGGGCAGACGUGCUUUACUCGUCAACUGGUCAGACCAGCGGUGAUGAUGCUGUGGGCAGAGUACCCUGGGGGGGCUGGCAGGAGGAGAGCUGGAGAGGGAGAGAAAGCAUCCCCAUGGGCCUCAUCUCAACGCGCCCCGGGAGUCCUCCAUGGCAGCAUGACCUCAAUCAUAGUACAUUCCAAAUCCCCCCUGACUCUCAGUAUGAUCGAUCGUCUUCUAUUCGACUUCCUUCUUCAGCGUCAGGUAACAUGACAAUGAGAUGGAGGGGAAUUACAAUGAGAAGGAUGAGCAUGUUUCCUAACGCUGAUCCUGCCCAUCUAGCUUUCACAGAGGAUGCCAUCAGGAACGAGAUGGAGAAUGAGGAACAGAACCUGGUCAAGGAGCUUGUUGCCCUGUCAACACGAGACCGGAUUCGGGCCAUUCGGGACCUUCCAAUGAGCUUUGAGGAGAAGAAACAUAUCAGGAGCCAAGUACUGGCAUUCAAGUCUUCUAAGCAAUCUCGCCAGUUCACAUGUUUUGCAGAUUGCUCUGAGAAUGUGUCACUGUCUUUCCGUAGGUGCGGCUACAGUAUAAGGUCAGCCAGGCAGACCCUGGAGCUGUGGCAAGGCAUCAUGAAGGAGAUAGGUGGCAAGUUUGGCACCAGCGUCCUCUCCUAUUUCGUGUUCCUCAAGUGGCUGCUCAUGUUCAACAUUUUCUCCUUCCUCAUCAACUUUGGCUUUAUCACCAUCCCGCUGCUUGUUAACGACCCCUCACCCAACAUACCUCAGAAUGUGAGCUUCAGAGGACUGGAGAUACUGACUGGAGCUGGUUACUUCAACUACACAGUCAUGUACUACGGUAGCUACAGCAAUGAAACCCUGCAUGCUCUGGUGGAGUACAACAUGCAGUUGGCCUAUUUCUUCACCAUUGCAGUCUACAUGGUUCUGUGUGGAAUUGCACUUAUCUUCAGCAUGGCCAGCUCAUUCAAGAAAAACUAUGUAAUAGCAGACCCAGCUUCAAACAAUGCAUGGCAGCUUCUGUCCAGCUGGGAUUUUAGCAUCACCAAUGAGAGGGCAGUGAGACAGCGCAAGAACAACCUACGUGUCCAACUCAAGGAGUCUUUGUCAGAGAAGGCCCAGAGGGAGCUGCUAACCCUCUCUGAAAAACUGAAGCACUUUGGGGUUUAUCUGGGUUCCUGGCUCCUCUCCACCAGCUUGGCUGCUGGAUGUGGAGCUAGCAUCUACUAUCUCUGCCAAUAUGAACAGCAGCGGGCAACAGAUGCUGCCAACUGGUCUCUGCUUCAGGAGGCAGAGACUCUCCUGGUUCCCUUUGUGGUGUCUCUGAUGAACCUGGUUGUUCCGCUUUUCUACUCCCUCUUCAACAAGUUUGAGCACUACUCCAGCCAGCGCAAACAGAUCUACGCUCUGAUAGUCAGGAAUGUGUUACUCAAGAUAUCCAUUCUGGCUGUCUUGUGUUAUUACUGGAUGAAUGUGGUGGCUAAGAAGUUUUCGUGUUGGGAGUCCAUGGUGGGACAAGCUUUGUACCGUCUGGUCAUUGUUGAUUUCCUUUUUCUGAUGUUGGGAUCCUUCUUUGGAGAGUUUCUUAGCAAUGUGAUUGGGACAAGAUUACUACCACGUCUGGGGGUUCCAGAGUUUGAUGUAGCCAGAAAUGUCCUUGAACUCAUCUAUGCACAGACUCUGGCCUGGAUUGGAAUCUACUUCUCUCCUCUGCUUCCCGCCAUCCAGAUUCUCAAAUUUUUUAUCUUGUUUUACUUAAAGAAGGUCAGCCUGACCCAGAACUGCCAGCCUCCACGGCGGUCAGGCAGAGCAGCUCAGAUGCAAACCAUCUUCAUUGCCCUCCUCUUCUUCCCUUUCUUUGUGGGAGCUCUGUCCAUUGUUGCAUACACUGCCUGGAGACUGACUCCCUCAGAGCAGUGUGGUCCUUUUCGGGGACUCAACAAUACCUUCAGUGUGGUUGGAGUCUGGAUGCAUGAUCUGGAGAAGAUCUCUGGUUCUCAAUGGGCCGUCUGGAUCUACCAAAAUGUCAUCAGAAGUGAAAUCUUUUACUUUCUUAUCACACUCAUCAUCAUUGUCAUUAUAUACAUCUUCUGGCAAGUCACUCAGGGCCGCAAGCAGCUUAUUGGUCAACUGAAACAACAGAUUAUUAAUCAAGGGAAAGACAAGUCCUUCUUGUUAGACAAGCUCCAGAACCUCCAAAAAUCUCAGCCUAAUAAAAAAUCCAAACAGAAGAAUCCAAAAAAGCACACCAAACGGCGUUCAGAUGACCACUCCUUGGGCGGUCAGUCCAACUCAAACGCCAUGGUUCAGGCUUUACUCGCUCGCCAGCGGCUUGAAGAGGAAGAGGAGGAGGAGAGACGCUGCGGCGUGCCCGUUCCCUCCGACAUCUCCACCUCCAGUGCUCUGGUUCAGGCCAUGUUGGCCCGUCAGAGAGCUUACGACCAGGAUGAAGAUUUGUACCAGAUGCCUGAUGACCAGGCCAUGCAAGCCAGGCAGAGGGCUCAUGUUCCAGAGAGGGAUGAAUACUACAGUACAGCAGGUUUUUCUAAAAACCCUGUCAACACAUCCAGUGCUGUCACACAGUCCAUGCAAGCCAGACAAAGAGCAGAGGAGGCUGGAGCAGAGGAUACAGAUGACCUGCCGUCUUCUGUGUCAAGUGUUAUGAUGCAAGUUAUGCAAGCCAGGCAGAGAGCAGAGGAAGAGGACAGGAUUCAGUGGGUACCUGACCCUCCACAAAACCCAGCUCCCACAGGCUCCAGCGCUCUCAUACAGGCCAUGUUGGCUCGGCAGCAGGCCCAGAAUGAGUACGAUGACGGUUACUGAACAAAGGGGUCUGACUCUAUCUUACCGUGGGAACAGAACUGAAAAGAACAACAGAAUGUAUUUCUGAAGAUAACCGAAAUCACACUUGUCAGGUUAUGAUUUGUGUUGUCACCCAUAGAUGAAUUAGCAUCAGUUAUAAGUCCAGAAAUGGGGGGAUUUCUCCAGAAUUGCAAUACAUUCAGUCCUGCUGACUAUAUAUGCAAAAGAACACAGUCCAAAGACAGCUACUGUAGCAGGGUUAGGAGAGAGUGCAGGUCCACUUCUUUAUGCACCUUUUUGAAUUAAUAUAUUUUAAUAGUAUGUUUCUAUGACAGUAUAUAAGCCUUGGAAGACAAAUAAGUACUAUAACAUAUAUACACUAGGCCUGAUUUUGUGCCAUUUCUAAUGUACUUUCUGUAUGAUAAACACCAGUUGUUAAUACUGUAUAUAUUCUCUGUGAAAUGUAGAUGAACACCAGAUACAAAUAAAAGAGUCAAAAAUAAAUUCAUAAAUUCA